AUGGCACAAUGUUUAUAUUUUCAAACAACUACAAUUUUAAUUUUAGAGUUAGAUUUUAUUCAAAAACAGGAAAAUCUCAAAGAUAAUACUAAUAAUUCAGUUGAAAUGAUAAUUUCAGAUUGUAAAGCUAUUACUAUUCCAAAAACUGCACCUAUAAUAAAAAAACUGUUAAAAAAAGAGCAAAAUAUGGUAAAUUAUGAGUCAAUUAAUGAUAAUAAUCAUGAAUUUCAAGAACUUGAAAAUGUUCAAAAUCCACUAAAAUCUAAAACUAAGGAUCGUCCUUUAACAAAAAGAUAUAAGAGUAGCAUUAAAUAUGAAAAGAGAGUAAAGGGAGAAAAAA